AUGAGGUCGGCAUAUGUGACGUCUCAUUAUGUAGGCUCCAGACAGCACUUGACACAUGCUGAUAACUUAGCAAACUUAUCCAAUAACAAAGAACCCUACUUCUUCCUUCAGGUGACAGUCAUGACUGAGCCUCCCAACCUGGACAUGGCCCCCGAUGCAUUUGAUGACCAGUAUGAGGCUGUGUCGAAGAAAUGGAGGAAAAAAUCACCCGAGCUCUUACAGAAAGACUUCAACAUGAAUAGACAGUUAAAACUGGAGUGGGAAAUGGCAAGGCAAAAAUGGUAGAUGAUAAAAAACAGAAUGAGCUAUCCCAAAGGUUUCCUUAAUUUCCAUGGAACGGCUUUAAUGACCUACACUGGGAACAUCCACAAAGAUUUUAAUGAUGCUGUUAGAGAAUUCAAGAAAAACCCCAGUAACUUCCAUUACAGGGCCUUCCAUUACUACUUAACAAGAGCCCUCCAGCUUCUGAGUAACCAGAACUGCUACUCCGUUUAUCGAGGCACCAAGGACAGGUUUCAUUACAGUGGGAAAGGCUCUGUGCGAUUUGGACAGUUCGUUUCCUCGACUUUGAAUAAGGAAGUGGCUCUUAAAGUCUUUGGUGGUGCUACUGGGACGCUGUACACCAUCAGAACCUUUGGGGUGUAUAUAAAAGCAUUUUUUUACUAUCCUAGUGAAGAGGAGGUGUUGAUUCCAGCUUAUGAAGUAUAUCACAAAGUCAAUGUAACACAAAGUGGAAAGGAGAUUUUCCUGGACUCCCCGCGAAGAGAGAAGAGCAACUUCAAUUGCUUCUAUAGCCGUCAUUUAAACAGCUCAGGAGCCAGAGACGGCUGUGCCUUCCUGCUGCUUGUGGUGCUACCUGGACUCCUGGUCCUGCUGCUUCCUCUUGUUGAGCUGUAG